CACUCGCAGUUUCUAAGAGCACCACAUCUCCCAGAAAUCUUAGUGCCCAAGGGUCUACCCUUGGGAACUUCAAGUACCGAAAUGCUUUCCAAUCCGUCUCGGUGACUACCGUAGUGACCGGUGGGGCUUGUAGUCAUCUCGGAAUUGUUAGGCGACCAAAAAAACUACUCACCCCAGGUGUCCCUGCGUCAGAGGCGGGUUUCUCUCCUGUCUCUCCCAACUCGCCUCUAAAUCCCUCCUCGGACUCCAACUCCCGUUGUGCCUUGCGCUGAGAUUCCUGCGGCAAAGAAUCGGGCUGUGUUCAAAGUGUUCUCUGGGAGUUGUAGUUCUCCUAUUGGUGAGGCAGGAGGAGGCGGAGUGACUCGGCGGCCAUUAGCUGUGUGUAGUUGCCCGGGACUGGGAGCUUAAGUGAAGAGGGACGCCUUGUUCGGUGGAAAUCAGCUGUGGCCAUGAGCUUCCGCAGGGGCCAGCCCUAGAGUACGGAGCAGGCGGACUUUUUUGUUCCCCGCCCCGCCGGGCGGCGGGGCCUUCUAGGCCUCCGGGCAUCCCCGGUCUCAAGUAGGCCUCGUCUGCCGGCAAGGGCGCCCCAAACGCGGGAGGCGCCAUGUCGCUGGUUGCUUACGCCAGCAGCGAUGAGAGCGAGCCAGAUGAGGCUGAGCCCGAGCCGGAGGAAGAGGAGGUGGUGGCCCCUACCUCUGGGCCUGUUUUAGGGGGCUUGUUCGCUUCUCUCCCUGCGCCCAAGGGCCCGGCCUUGCUGCCUCCGCCCCCUCAGAUGCUGGCCCCAGCCUUUCCCCCGUCGCUGUUGCUUCCCCCACCAACCGGAGACCCCAGGCUUCAGCCUCCUCCCUCCUUGCCCUUCGGCCUGGGAGGCUUCCCCCCACCUCCAGGCGUGAGCCCGGCUGAAGCGGCGGGAGUUGGGGAGGGACUGGGAUUGGGGUUGCCCUCGCCCCGAGGCCCUGGCCUCAAUCUGCCCCCUCCAAUUGGCGGUACCGGCCCCCCGAUGGGGCUUCCCAAGCCAAAGAAGAGGAAAGAGCCCGUGAAGAUCGCGGCGCCGGAGUUGCAUAAGGGAGAUUCAGAUUCUGAGGAAGAUGAACCCGCAAAGAAGAAAACUAUCCUUCAGGGAUCCGGCGAGGGGACUGGUUUGUCUGCCUUGCUUCCCCAACCUAAAAACCUGACUGUGAAAGAGACUAACAGGUUGCUCCUGCCCCAUGCCUUCUCCCGAAAACCCUCGGAUGGCUCCCCUGAUACUAAGCCCUCCAGACUGGCAGUGUCUAAGACCAAGACUUCCUCUCUUGCCCCUGUUGUGGGCACCACAACCACCACUCCGUCGCCCUCUGCUAUCAAGGCUGCUGCCAAGAGUGCUGCCCUGCAGGUGACAAAGCAGAUCACUCAGGAGGAGGAUGACAGUGAUGAGGAAGUAGCCCCUGAAAACUUUUUCUCCCUCCCUGAAAAGGCUGAGCCACCUGGAGUUGAGCCAUACCCUUAUCCCAUCCCCACUGUCCCCGAAGAGCUGCCUCCAGGCACGGAACCAGAACCGGCUUUCCAGGACGAUGCAGCCAAUGCCCCCCUUGAAUUCAAGAUGGCAGCAGGCUCAAGUGGCGCCCCUUGGAUGCCUAAGCCUGGGGACGACUACAGCUACAAUCAGUUUUCCACAUAUGGCGAUGCCAAUGCCGCUGGUGCUUAUUAUCAGGAUUAUUACAGUGGUGGCUACUAUCCUGCACAGGACCCGGCCCUGGUCCCCCCACAGGAAAUUGCCCCAGAUGCCUCCUUCAUUGAUGACGAAGCAUUUAAGCGGCUACAGGGCAAGAGGAACCGAGGGAGGGAAGAAAUCAACUUUGUGGAGAUCAAAGGUGAUGACCAGCUCAGUGGGGCCCAGCAAUGGAUGACUAAGUCAUUGACAGAAGAGAAAACCAUGAAGUCAUUCAGCAAAAAGAAAGGUGAGCAGCCAACAGGCCAGCAGCGGCGGAAACACCAGAUCACAUAUCUGAUUCAUCAGGCCAAGGAGCGGGAGCUGGAACUGAAGAACACCUGGUCAGAGAACAAGCUCAGCCGCCGUCAGACCCAAGCCAAAUACGGAUUCUAGGGCUCUGGAACUGAUUGCUCCCAGGAUCUCCUUCCUGCCGGCCCAGCUGGCCUGGCCCCCAGCUUCACCUCUGGGACCCCAGCUGCUCUAAGCCUAGGAUCUCUUUCCCCAAGGACCCAGCCCUCGCCUCUGCGAGAAUGAACAUAUUUGAUAGAUUUUUCUUAACAAGUUAGAAACUUCAGCUCCUUUCUGUCCUGGAGCUAGCAAAGACUUGUGUGACACCUCCGAAGGGGCUGAGUUCUGGGACGGGAGUUUUGCUCCCUGUCAGGUGUGAUGAGAUGUUGAACCCUCCCCACCACCACCACUUUUUUUUUUGUUUAAACCAGGGAUGUCUGUUGAAAUAAAACAUUCAGUCUGACA